AAGAUUUCAACAUUGUUAUUUUCUUAUUCCAGACGACCUAUGUAGAAAACUUCAAACUGAUAGAGAAAAUGGUCUGACACCACAGCAAGCAGCAGCAGUGCUUGAAAAAACUGGACCAAAUACACUAACGCCUUCACAUAAAGUGCCUGAGUACAUAAAAUUUUUGAAAACAAUAACACAGGGAUUCUCGAUACUUCUGUGGAUAGGUGCCUUCCUAUGUUUUGCUUCCUUUGUUAUUAGAAAAUUCACAACUCAAGAAGUGGAUACUGAUAAUCUCAUAUUGGGAUGUGUCCUUGUAACUGUGGUACUUGUAACAGGAUGCUUCAUGUACUCUCAAGAACACAAAAGUCAGAAGAUCAUGGAAUCAUUCGCCAAUAUGGUGCCCCCGAAAGCCACUGUAAUUCGAGGUGGAGAAACAAUGACCAUAGUGUCAAAGGAUAUAGUUGUAGGUGAUUUGGUUGAAAUGAAAUUUGGAGAUCGGAUACCAGCUGAUAUCAGGAUCAUACAUAGUCAGGGAUUCAAGGUAGAUAAUUCGGCUCUUACAGGAGAAUCGGAACCUCAAUUCCGGGGUCCAGAUUGUUCCAGUGACAAUAUACUCGAAACGAAGAACUUCGCCUUUUUCUCAACUAAUGCAGUUGAAGGAACAGCAAGAGGCAUUGUUUGUGAAACUGGUGAUCGCACAGUAAUGGGCCGAAUAGCCGGUUUGACGGCCAGAUUGCAACCCAACAAAACGCCCAUCGCUCGAGAACUGGAACAUUUUAUGAAAAUCAUUAGCGUCUGGGCAUGUUUUUUGGGCUUUGUGUUUGGAGCCGCUGCUCUGGCAAUGGACUAUUCCUGGAUAGAAGCCGCCUUAUUUUUGAUUGGUAUUAUCGUAGCCAAUGUGCCUGAAGGUCUUCUUGCAACGGUAACGGUGUGCUUAUCAGUGACUGCAAAACGAAUGGCUGCGAAAAAUUGUCUUGUGAAGAACUUGGAAGCAGUCGAAACAUUGGGCUCGACAUCCAUCAUUUGUUCGGAUAAAACCGGGACACUCACUCAAAACAAAAUGACAGUAUGUCAUUUUUGGUGUGACAACAAAAUCAUCAACGCUGAUUCCAGCAUCCAGCAAGAGAGCGCCAGAGAUUACAAUAAAACAGAAGGUUUCUUAACCCUGAUGCGUUGUGCUACCCUCUGCAAUCGAGCUGAAUUUGUGCAUGGCGAGGAAAACAAACCUAUUCAGACGAGAUUAGUUCGUGGAGAUGCUUCUGAGGAGGCUAUUUUGAGAUUUGUGGAGCUUAGUCAUAUUCAUGGUGAUCCAACCGAAUUUCGACACAAGCAUCCCAAAUUACUGGAAGUACCAUUCAGUUCCGUUACAAAGUAUCAGAUUAGUAUUCAUGCCAUGGAAGAAGGUCACUGCCUCAUAGUGAUGAAGGGGGCGCCGGAACGCAUUUUAGCGCGUUGCUCAAAGAUGUGCACCGUUAACGGAACGGAGGAAAUGACGGACGAGAUGAGAAUCCUCUGCGACAAAGCCAUGACGGAGCUAGCUGAAAAGGGGGAAAGGGUAUUGGGCUUCGCUGAUCUGAUGCUGGACAACUCCUACACCAAAGAUUACCCGUUCUGUGCUGAACCUCCGAACUUUCCCAGGAAAGAUCUCAGAUUCGUCGGUUUCAUGUCUCUGAUCGAUCCGCCCAGACCUCAAGUUCCGGACGCUCUAAAAAGGUGCAGAAGUGCCGGUAUCAGGGUGGUUAUGGUGACUGGUGAUCAUCCGGAAUUCGGCAUUCCAAUCCUUGUGCUUAUCAUCUACAAUAUAAGAGCGUACUGCAGCACUGACUACUCUAUUGACCAACUCUACUGGAUUUACUUGUGCAUGAUACCGGGCGUUAUACCAAAUUCGAACACCAUAUCGCUCACAGAGGUUUUUGAACUCAUUGCUCGUGAAUUGGACUCCGUUAUCACACAAAAGUAUCUGAGGGCUCCCGAACAUAAGAAUAACAUUACUCCAGUCAUUUAA